AUGGCUGUUCCUCAGUCUGCUCUUGUGCCCUUCUUCCGGGCCAUGAGAACUGCGCUCGGUGCUCAGGCUGCUACGACCAGGGUCUCCGUGCCCGGAGGCUUGUUUAUGCAAAAUCUGGGGCUUCGCAACACCAACGACAUCGAUGUCGUCCUCAAGGGAGAGGUGACUAUUGACCGUAAGAGACUCCGCAACGACAUUGUCGCUUUGGACAGAUCCUUCACCCCCAAUUUCGAGAAGGUCUGUGGAGUGACCUACCGUGAUCCCGUCACGAAAGUCAUCAUCCCCAUCGACAUCAUCGACGAGGGCGUGACCGGGUUUAUGCCCCUUGGAGUCCUUCUUGGAGAGUUCAAGGAUACCGACGUCCCGUGGCCCGAAGUCAACGAAGUCAUCAAGAUGAAGAUUCUGUCGGCUCCGGAACGCGAGGACGGCAACAAGGGAAUGCGUGAUCUCGACGACGUCAAGGCUCUUCUCUCGAAGGGCGGUGUGUCCACGAGGUACAGGAACGAUGCUGAGAAGGCUACCAUCAAGGCCGCUCUUGAAAAGGCCCUCCCCAUGUAUCUCGAGAAGGAGACCGAGUGGUCUGAGGAGGAUUGGAAGACCAAGCUGAGUCUCGUUUAG